AUGACACACGGUGUUGGCGGAGUGUUGAGUGAUAAUAAUAGUUCAGCGAAGAAAGUGAAUAACAAUUCACUGAUGCGAAAUCACAGUAAUCAAGCGAGAAAAACUGUUGGUGUUAUGGGUAGUAGACGCAUAUUCGCAGCAGCGUUUAAGCUGAAAGUGUUAGAUUCGUAUCGUAGUGACAUUGAAUGUCGUGGAAAUCAGCGUGCAACAGCACGAAAAUAUGGUAUACACAGGAGACAGAUACAAAAAUGGUUACAGUGUGAGAAAAAUUUGAGGAGCAGUUGUGCUGAGAAUGGUAAUGGAAGUGGAAAUGGAAAUGGCAAUAGCAGUGGGAUGAUUGAGAGUAAAGGCUUUCCAUCAGUCUCUGGUGUUGAUAGCAGUGGUAUAAAUGUCAUUAAUAGAGUAAUGUCAAAAACAGCGGAAACACCAAUAGUGAUAAAAUCAUCGGAUAAAGCAGCAGGAGCACCAGCAAUGGUGGCAUCAGCAUCGGCCUUGAACCUCAGCCUCGCCAGACUGCACGGCGACGAGUUGACUACUCGACAAGACCCCCCACCUCAUCCUUCAUCGCAUCGUACCUCGCCCACAUCUGCUCAAUACACACACCAUACUUCACCAAACUCUUUGCCCGCACAUACUUUGUCAAUCGACUACACCGAAUAUUCAAAUUCCAAUAUACACCAGCUAUCUCAUGGUCAUUUUGACAAUAGUAGCAGUCACAGCUAUAGCAUUGACCGGAGUAACUCGCCAGUUGAUCGUAAAUACAAUGUAAAUCAUUCAAACACAUACAAGCAAUCAAUGUGCGAUUAUCGUGGCAUAAGUGAUAGCCAAUUGUAUCAUCAAUCACACAAUCAGCAAACUCAUCUAGCUAGCCCAGGUAGUGGCACGUAUAAUUGCCCUGUUAAACAUAAUAAUCGAAUUGUCGAAAAGAGCGUGUAUCAGAAUUGCUGUCAUGUAUCAUCACCACAAGCUAUUCUAUCGAGCUCAUCGUCAUCGUCUCACUCUCAUCGGAGAGAUGUGGACUCGCCCGGAAAUGAAUCCCUUGCGCCAGCGAUAAAGAUGGAACGUGCUAGCCCAGACUCUCUGGCGACACCAGUGUCGCCCGACGGCCCACCAACUUCCCCUACUACCAUAAACCCUCCAUAUCCAGUUAACCAACACAUAUACAUGCCAGUUCGUAGAAUCGCUACGCAGGCCGUUCAAGUCGGAGACAUUCACUUGAAAACUUCAGGACAUACUACUAGCUCAGGGCCACAAAUCCAUGAACCUGUUGACUCCAAUAAAAAAGACCACCAUACUAAGUUAAUGUAUAUUAAAAAAGAAGAGGACGAAACGAUAAUAAUGAAAAAUGAGUUGUCGUCCAUGUGUGUGCUAACGAAAGAGAUUGUAGGGGAUCCGGAGGAGAAUCGGGUAAUCACCGAAGAUACAGAUAGAUCCAUGUACAAUGUAGCUGUUGGGGCGAAGUACAAUACUCCAGUGAUGCGGUUUUCACGAAGCAGUAAUGGACUCUGUGCAGAUACAUUAAGUCCUGCGAGAGAGUCAACUUAUUCCGAUCCAAUGAGUCCUAAAGAUGCAGCCAGCAUUUGCAGCAGAUCUACUAGCAGUUGUUCAGAUGGUGAGGUAGAUCCAAUGGAUUAUUCGCCAAGUCAUCAGAAUCCCAGUGGAGAUUCAUCUCGUCGGCGAUCAUUCUCUCUUCGAUUCAAACUUGAAGUGUUGGAUGCUUUCCACAGAGAUGUCAUUCUGGCUAGGAAUCAACGGGCUACAGCUAGAAAAUUCGGUAUAAAUCGAAGGCAGGUGCAAAAAUGGUUGAGUCAAGAGACAGAAUUGAGGGGUGAAAUAGCACUACGCGGUGGCGAUCUCCGCCAACGUUUAGGACCACUCCAGGAACUUCCGGAAUCUUCUGUUGCUGUUGACCUCAGAACUUGCUCUACUGGCCGCGAUGAUGAUGCGAUAAUCUCAGAGCCUUCAUCGUCCGUCUACUGCUGUGACUCAUCCUUCCAGAGAUUGAGAUAUUAUCCAUUGAUUUCGGUGGAUCCCGACAGUCCACCGAAUUCUUACGUAUUUUCAUGUUGUACAGAAAAUUACACAUCUUCAUUAACAUCAUGUGAGUCCGAAUUAAAGCGGUUCUGCUAUCCAGAGUCUCAAGGAAAGUUCUAUUGCUACUCUCCAAAAGAGCCGAUUGACACUAUUACUCCAGAUAGAUUGGAAAUUAAUUCAUCACCAUCAAAACGCACAGUCUGUACUUUCAGUCUCUGCUAUGAUACUCCAUCCCCAAAACGUAUCUGUCUCGAUCCAGCGGAUAUUGAAUGCAAAAAAGACACGUGCCACGAGCCACCGCUUCAAGAGGCGCCACUCUGUCUAGUAAAGGAGAAACACUUCAACACACCAUCCCCCCUACAGACUGACCGUGUUACAAGUACUGUCCGUACACCCCCAGCACCUUCUGUUAAUGCACAGUCAUCGAAGAACGAUGCUAUUCUAUUUAAACCAUACCUCGAUAAUCCAGUUAGUAAACCAACUGAUGAGGCACAUAAUUAUUAUCAACCUCGUCAACUGGCGACUAUCACCGGCCAUGACAAUGCUAUUGUCAACAACAAUAAUUGCAAUGGUAUUUGCAACUUCAACGAGAAGCCAGAUGACUACGCAGUCGAGCUCAGUAUGCGUGUACCUGUUUCUUGGCGGGCCCCUUCACAUGUUCCUGACUUUUCUCAACAUAUUCACAGCGCUUUUGCAAGGUAUCCCGCCACUCCACACUAUAUUUAA